AAAACCCAACUGAAAUUAACCCAUGAGUUUAUCUCUCCUGAAGAUCCUGAAGAACAUUUGAAGAAAUUAGCAAAUUUGGCACUAUACUCUAUGAAGGUAGAACCUGUGCUCGAUGGAGGAUUUUAUUGUAAAGAUUGUAAAAUGAAUUUUGAUAAUUGGACUGGUGAAAAGUUUAAAAAUCAUGUGAAUGAAGAAUAUCCCAUGAUUAAAUCCAAAAUCCCUAUAAGUCUUGAUACUCAUUUCUUAAACAACCCUAUGCAAUUAUUCACUUGUUAUUUCUCUAUGGAAAUUAAAAAAAAUUUUGAGAAGUUUAGAAAGCAUGUAAAUAAAGUUUAUAAACUCUCCAUCACAGGAUCGUUUGUUAAGAAUUCAACACCCUGUCUAAACAGUGAAUCGAGAAACCAAUUUUUAUGCACGUAUUGUAAUAAAUAUUUUGAAGAUAAAGCAAAGAAACAUUUCAGAAAGGAUCAUAAGAUAAAUAGUAUACCAUUUUAUAUCAAUAGUCUUCCUCCUGUAAAACCAGUAAUUGAUAGAAUAGAAACUAUAACAGUAGGUGGUUGU